CUUGCAUUCCUGUAAUGGCUGCUUCCAGGAAGGCUCUGUCAUGUGGAACCUCUUAGCCUCAGCAUCCGGAACUCCAGGGAGUAUUUCGAAUCAGAAUUAUUCAUAAAUACUUUAUUUGAAACUUUCUGCUCUCAAGAUCCAGAUACGUGAAGAUUCCAACAUCAUGGCUUCAGUUUCAGCACAGUUGUUCUUGGUCCUCAUUUCACUGCUCUUGGUGCUGCCUGUUGAAGCAGUAGAAGCUGGAGAUGCAAUCGCUCUCUUGCUAGGUGUGGCACUCAGCAUUACAGGCAUUUGUGCUUGUUUGGGGGUAUAUGCACGAAAGAGAAAUGGACAGAUGUGAUUUUACAGAUGGGCCUUCUAAAUCAGACCUUGCCCAGAAAACCUUUGUGAAUUAUUGAGGCUAGAAAUUGAUCUUUAGUGUCUGAAAGUUCCCAGGAAAUAGGGUAUUUUCACAUUUUUGUCCCCCUGUAAAUGGGAACAAACUGAUAUAUGUUAAAUGGAGGGGGGGGUUCACAACAAAUAAUGUGCUGAAAUAAAGCAGUCUAUAAUUCGUAUAUAUUAGAAACAGGCUCAAAGAAGUCAGAUGACUGAAAUUUACAUAUUUCAAAGUUUUGGAAUUCUCAAAGCACAUGAAAUAGGAAGAAGGAAGCCCUUAUCCAGAAUCCUAGGAAAUUACCACUGCCUCCUGCAAAACUGAGGAGUCUUUUCUCCAUAUUUUUAUUAGAUUUUUGUUUUGUUAUCUCCCAAGUUAAUAUUACACUUAGAUAUCAAAUACAUUCAGAAAUUAAAAUUUUUAUUUCUUUGGUUGGGGGGAGGUAAGAAAAAUGUACUCAGUGUAUUAAUGUUAAAAUGGAGAGAAUAUAUAAUGUAAAAAAACACUUUAUAUGGACAUUUAAAUGGAGAAGAGAUAUAAUGUUAAAAAGAACCUUUAUAUUAACUGAGUAACAUCUCCAUGGUGAGAAGUACUAUAUUAAAUAUAAACCCAUUAUGUUGUAA